CGCGACUGUUUGGAAAGGCUGCACCUACAGGACCGGGUACGACACCUUAGUAGACCAGUAGCAUCUACUUUGGCCAACAAGGAGCGCAUGAUUGUAACAGACUACAUCAAGGACGUAGUCUGAACCUUCUCCUAUGGAGGAGGUGAGCUUAACCAUAAGAUCUCGUUCUUGGUUAGCGACGACUUACCAUUUGACAUGUUAUAAGGCAUGUACUACCUCGAAGUUGCUAAGCUCCAGUUCGAUUGGGAUAAGAAGGUGCUCAAGCAUAAGUUGCCCAAUGGCCGAACUGUCAGAUUAACUAAGUUCAAGGCCAGUAGUAUUAUAGAUACCUAUGGCUGCUUGUGCGCAUCAGCGUUCUACAAUUACUACAAGCAAAACCAAGAGGAGGGUAUGUACCUUGUGUAUGUCUCUGAGAAAGGGGAGGCCGUUAGAACACCCCCAAAGAUAGAACGUGUCGUUGCUAAGUUCCCUGAUCUGUUCGAGGAGCCCACAGGAGUUGUUGAAAGGGAAGUCGUCCACGCUAUAGAAAUCAUUCUAGGGAAUAAGUUUGUCGCGGUCUACUUAGACGACAUUCUGAUCUUUAGUAAGCCUAUCGAGGAGCACGCACAACAUGUUGAGAAGGUAAUCUCACUCCUGCGACGGCACAAGUAUAAGGUCAACUUAGAGAAGUGCGAGUUUGGUUGCACCAAGAUACUAUACUUGGGUCAUGAAGUAUCCGCGGAGGGAAUUAGGCCGGAAGAUGCAAAGGUGGCUACUAUUCGAGACUGGCCACGGCCUCAGACAGUCACUGAGGUCAGAUCAUUCUUAGGAAUGUGCGGCUACUAUAGGAACUUCGUAAAGAACUAUUCUACAAUUGCCUUUCCUUUGACUGAUCUAACUCGACUUGACACACCGUGGGACUGGAGUGAUGAUUGUGAGGGUGCUUUCAAGAGAUUGAAGCAUGCACUCAUGAAUCAUGAGGUUCUCAUGGUUCCCGAUCCGCAGAAGCCAUUCAUAGUGACCACUGAUGCAAGCCAAUACGGCAUUGGCGCAAUGCUGGCUCAGCAGGAUGGGAAAAAGUUGAGACCGAUUGAGUACAUGAGCAAGAAGAUGCCAUCAAAGAAGUUGGCAAAGUCCACCUACGAGAGGGAACUCUAUGCUCUGUAUAAAGCACUUGUCCAUUGGAGACACUUCCUUCUAGGAAGAGCAGACUACCUAAAUGUGCUAGUUUCUGACUUUGGCGUAUCUGAAGAAGUAACUCAAUCGUUGGUGGGAGCCUAUCAGGAAGACCCUGUCACGAUGGACAUCAUUCGCAAGCUUCAGGCAAAAGACAAGGCCACAGAAAGACAGAGUGUCUCCAUGGAUUUCAUGGACACCCUGGUGACUAGUAAGAGUGGCAAGAGGCACAUCUUCGUCAUCAUUGACCGAUUCACCAAGUACGCUAGACUAGUGGCUAUGCCAGAGACCGCAAGAACUGACUUCGUCAUCAAGUUGUUCAAAGAGAACUGGGCUGUCGAGCAUAUGAAGAAAGUUCAGCAAGCAAUGAUUGCUUAUGAGAAUCAACAUCACAGACAGUCCACAUUUCAAGUAGGGGAACGAGUCUGGGUCAAGGCUAGUGAGUUAGGACAGGAGUUCGAAAUCUCUCGCAAACUAAUGCCUCAGUACUUCGGUCCCUGGGAAGUCCUAGAUAUAGUGAGAGAUGAGAUGGAUGGUCCCACGUCUGUCGUUCGUGUCCCUGGACACCUACGCACUCACCCAGUCUUUCAUGCCUCAAAGCUUGCACCUUUCGCUGAGACAGAUCGAUUCCCUUCCACGAGAUCGAUGUUGCCCCCAACCAUGGAUGGACAAGUGGACAUCAACGACAUUGUGGAUCACAGGGAUAUGCCUGUUCCGAAGCCGCUGGGUCGAGGAAGACCUCCUAAGCCCAAAAGACAUCCUAAACCCAAAAGAGAGUACCGCGUCAGAUUCAGGCAUCAUACGGGUCCGAAAGAAGAUCGAUGGUUUACCACGGAGGAACUGAUUGAGACAACUCCUCAAGUGGUGGCAGAAUAUGAGAGGCUACUGAAAGGGAAGGCACCUCCGAAGUAAGCAUCUCAGCAGACUUUCGAAGCUAAGGGGGAUGGAAUGUGACGAUUGAGCCCUCAAGUAGGGGCCUUGCCAUGAUGUACAUGUUCUGGGCUAAGGCCCCAGCAAGCCUCGUGCCCGCCCUAAGUGAAGGCGGGCCAGCAAAUCAACAAGAGCCCUCUGA